UAGGGGUGAGUAUUCGGUUAGUUCGUUAUCAGUUAAACAGCACCGAAAUUUUCGGUUCUAGCAGAACCACAUAAAAUCAUGGUACAUAAAAUUUGCAAUCUUUCCUGUAUGCAUAAACAAUAACUGCAAAGCAAAUUGUCACACCCUAAAAAUUUCAAUUUCUAAGCAAAAAACAUACACUUUGCUUAUAAGUGGCAUGUUAAACCACUAGUUUCAUAAGUACUAUAAAAUCCAUAAGAUAAAAAUUCAAAUUAAGGUGUAUUUGUCACAUGGUAGUGGACACCACAUCAGCAUAGGAUAAGAAAUAUAUGCUGUGUUUGUGUGUGUGUGUUUGUGAUUAGAGGCUUCAAGCUAGCGUAAACCACACUCAAUGUGGAAUAAAGUUGAUAAACUAGACAUGGAAGAUGGAAAAUAAUAAGCUUUCUAAGACAUAAGUUGAAAAGUUACAGUUCAAAGACACCCCACCUUGAUACUCAUGUUCUCAUAUAAAACUAAACUACUACUGCUUAAGAUACCCACAAAUCUUUUUAUUGUAAAAUUUCCUACUAUUUCAAACAUUAUUGCCAAGUUUCCAGACCCACCACUUUCGGCAAGACUUUUAUGGAUCGAAAAAUCGAAAAUACACAGUGCAAUAUAAUUCCGGAACCACUAGCUCCCCACAUAUAUAUUGUAAAUCUAUCUUCUUAUUCACUCACACAUCCAUUAUAGAGGGAACACAUUUUAUAGGUGGGUUCCAUCUCCAUUAUAUUUCAUACCUACCUGGCCUGAGAGCUUUUAGAAACAAACUCAUGUCAAACUAUGAGAAAAACAUGGAAGAAAAGUUACCACAAGAGAUCCAGAAUAAUAGCUGAAAUCUAUUCCAAUAACUUUUGGAUUAAGAUCAGGUUUUCUAAAGCAGAUGAAGAUAACAUCAUAUGGGAAUUCUUUAUCAUCAAUCAUAUAAAGUUGAAAAAAAUUUGAAGUUGCCCAAAUCAUGGCAUGAUGGCAGGCAUAAAAGAAAAUCAUAAGGAUUUGAUUUGACUUUAAGUGGAAAUGUUAUAGGAGUGGCAACAUGAGUUUACUUUUAACUGAUCCAAUAGAAUCAAACUAAAGUUGAAGUGCUUUCAAAAGAUAAGGAGAAAAAAAUGGUGGGUGGGGAAUCUCAAACUUGACAAUGGCAAAGAUUAAACAUGACGUAACCACCCCCCUUGGGAAGACCCAAGCAUCACCCGGUGGGGACAGUGAUGAGACAUAUGAUAGAUCGAAGCUGUCUUAUACCACAAUGUUUCAUCUGUGUCAAUCUCAUAUUAUUCCAUCCCUCAUAUAUAGAACCAAUUUGAGAGUCAAGAGAAAGGAUUCAACAGAUUACCUCCAUUCAACACUGUGCUUUUUUCAACACCGGCAAGUGAUCUGAGAAGGAAUUGGCUGCUGUAACAAGCUAUAAUGCCAAGUGAAGAAACUGGUGAUCAAGGCACGCCACAAGUGAAUCCUGGAGAGUGGUUGAAUUUGAGCCUCGGAGGGGAACCACCACGAGCAUCCAGAGAAUCUGAGAAUGCUCACAAAAGGGAAAGAGGCGCAGUACGGCAUUACCAGUCACACAAAAUGAUGGCGAUGAUGGCCCUGCCCGUGCCUAUCCGCACUUCCAUGUUCAGAUCACUAGGGGUCCAGGCCCAUUCCCUUGUGCACAAACCUGGCAGAGAUGGAAAUAAGACUGUAGCCAGAUUUAGUGAGGCUGACACAAGAUUUGGAAUAGCAAGGCAGCAUGGCACAGUGGAAGGGGCAGCAGAUUCGAUGUGGCCUGGAAGUUUCCGACCAGAACCCCAACAACCAGAGCAGAAAUCAUCCAACUCAACAACUAUGCUCGACUUAAAUCUCAAACUUUAAAGCUUCUGUUUCUGUUAGGGCAAAUAUUUUCUAGAUUUUAUUGUAAGUUUGUAACCUAUGUUUUCAAGAGAGUUGCCAGAAGAUAAGACUUAAAACUUAAAGCUCAAUGCAUCAUUACUAAAGUUA